AUGCCCCACGUCGCGCGGGCCGCGCCAGAGAAGGGACCCGCGAUUGAUGUUCUAAAGGAACAUGCCAGAGGUGUUGCCAGCGGUAGUGUACAACAGCACAUACCUCACGUCUCCAGAGCUGCUCCAGAGAACGGCCCCAGUGCUGAGGUCCUGAAGGAGCAUGUUAGAGGGGUCCCUGUGGGUGCGCACCAGCGCCCACAGGUAGCCAUGCCCCACACCGCAAGGGCUGCUCCGGAGAAUGGCCCAGCUAUUGAGGUGCUAAAGGAGCACACCAGAGGCGUUCCCAGUGCUGGUGCGCAACACCCAGGGGUCAAUAACGUGUACAACCCAGCCGGGGUGUCGGUAACCAAUAACAACCCACGGAAAGAGCCAUUCCACCCGUAUGAAUCUCAUUCCUUUGAGAAUGUCACCCAGGGAGGUAGUGUCAAACCACCCAACAUGGCGGAACCAGAGUUAGAGUUGGCCCCCGACUCCAGCAGUAUUGGGGAUGACGAUUCAGAGAUUUUCGAUUUUGAAGACGUUAGCUCAGUUACAGAUGACUCUGAACAUGAGGGAGAGACACGCAAAGAAGCGCAGCCCUGGCGCGGAAGUCUCUUUCGCCGGCAUUCCUCUACUUCAAGGCGUCCUGGGCCAUCUCGAUAUCGCUCCCACUACCGGAAACAACCCUCGGGUGCAUCUGACAACAGACACGGCCGUACCAAGUACCCAAGUGACUAUGUUGAUGUGAUCCCCGCCGACAGCAGGGAUUCGGACAAGCAACUAUGGAGGGUCCAUAGCCGAGAAGUUGCUCGGCAGACCCGAGAUCGCCCGAAGAUUAUCCACGCCCCUGUUAGUUCCGAGGAUUUGGAUGCACCCGAGUUCGACGAAAGAUAUCGUGGGCCACGAGCUCGCAACGAUAUCCGUACCCGAAUUCUCGAUGAUCGGGAAGCAAGACUUGAGCGCCGAGAGAAGCAGUUAGACUAUCGAACACGAAUGCUGGAUGUGUUAGAUGAGAGAUUGGAUGAUGCCUUGCGCCGACGCAUGUCCCUGAGAGACGCUGGUCCGUAUUACUCUCGACAGUAUUAUGAAAAUUAUUGA